AAAUGGCACUGCAAAGCUCUUAAAUUGGCCAGCUCCAUAAUAUCACGUAGGGUUCAUAUCUGGUAAAAAGCCAUUUCUAAGUCAUUUUCUCUGCCAGCUCUCUUUCUCUCUCUCUCUCUCUAUCUCUCUAUCUCUAUAUCUAUCUCUAUAGUUGCAGGUACAAAGAAAGAAAGAGAUAAAUAAUUGGGGUUUCUUGGUUUUGUGGGAGAUAAAGGAGGAAGAGGAGCUAAGGGAUUGUUUGGGAUUUUGUUUGAAGCUUUGGAAAAGGGUUUGAAGUUGCCAGAAAAUAGCAAUCUUUUCAGUUGAAGCUACUUGAUCAGGACUGCAAGCUAAGCUGAGAUGGGGAGGGGGAAGAUUGAGAUAAAGAGAAUCGAAAACAACACGAAUCGCCAGGUGACCUUCUGCAAGAGGAGGAAUGGGCUGCUAAAGAAGGCUUAUGAGCUCUCAGUUCUGUGUGAUGCAGAAAUUGCACUCAUUGUUUUCUCUAGUCGUGGCCGCGUUUAUGAAUACUCCAACAACAACAUUAAGGGCACAAUAGAGCGAUACAAGAAGGCAACUUCUGAUGCUUCAAAUAUCUGCACCCCUCAAGAGCUUAAUGCCCAGUUCUAUCAACAAGAAUCAAAGAAGCUGCGUCAACAGAUACAUAUGCUCCAGAAUUCCAAUAGGCAUCUGGUGGGAGAAGGCUUGGGCUCUUUGAAUGUGAGGGAGUUGAAGCAACUAGAAAGCAGGCUUGAAAGAGGCAUUUCAAAAAUUAGGUCCAAAAAGCAUGAUCUAAUUAUUGCUGAAACUGAGAACUUGCAAAAGAGGGAGGUACAGCUUGAACAAGAAAACGCUUUCCUUCGCGCCAAGAUAGCUGAAAAUGAGAGGCUGCAGCAGCUAAGCAUGAUGCCUGCAGGGCAAGACUACCAUGCCAUCCAGCACUACCUUGCUCGCAACAUGCUGCAACUCAAUGUCAUGGAAAGUGUGCAAGCUUCCUACCCUGUUCCAGACAAGAAGACCCUCCACCUCGACUAAAGAACACAAGUUGGUUGAUGCAGGUGUGUUGUGCAGAUCAGAGGGAGGAUACAUUUGGCUGUUGGUGUGUUUUUCAUUUGUGUACUAUUGCUACUACUCAGACUUCUGCUAAGACUUUGUGUUUAGUGCUGUGUUUGUUUGUUUGUUUGUGUGCAA